AGCGGGCGGCAGCAUGGGUCCUCGCCCCCGGCUUCGCUGAGUCUCUCUGGCCUGGGCUGCCCGCGGCGCCCGCAGCGGCGGCGUCAUGAAGGGGGCCAUUGGGAGCCCGGUAGCCGCCGCGGGCGCCGCGAUGCAGGAGACGUUCGGCUGCGUCGUGGCCAACCGCUUCCAUCAGCUGCUGGAUGACGAGUCGGACCCGUUCGACAUCCUCCGAGAGGCCGAGCACCGGCGCCAGCAGCAGCUGCAGCGCAAGCGGCGCGACGAGGCAACGGCGGCCAGCGGGGCCGGGCACCGUGGCGGCAGGAGCCCGGCGGUGGCCUCAGGACACAGGCCCGGCGCGGCCGGCCGCAGGGAGUCGCAGAAGGAGCGCAAGAACCUCGCGGUGUCCGGCGCACAGCUGCCGGACAGCCCCGGGGGCCCGCAGCCGCCAGGUACGCCGUGGGCACCGAGGCCACCCCUCUUGCCGCUAGGCCAGAAGCGGAUUCCUAGAAGAGGGGAGCAGCAGGGAUGGAGUGACAACCGGGGGACAGACGUGGUGCUUGAUAGAGCAGAGCGAAGGUCCUACAGAGAAUACCGGCCCUAUGACACUGAGAGGCAGGCCGACUUGACAGCGGAGAAGUUUCCAGGUGAAAAACCAGUUGACAGGUUUGAUCAAGACAGACCACUGAGAGGACGUGGAGGCCCCAGAGGAGGCCUGAGGAGCAGAGGCCGAGGUGGUCCCGGGAAUAGAACUUUUGACUCCUUUGACCAAAGAGGAAGACGAGAUUUUGAAAGAUACGGUAGCAAUGAUAAAGUAGCAAACAGACUGGAGGACAGCCUAGGUGGCUGUGGUGUUCGCCUGUGGGGAUCAAGUAAAGACACUAGUGACACGGAGCCACCUGCGUCCACGGAAGAGACCUCAAUGAUGGAGGAGUGCCAGGGCGUCCUGGAUGAGGAGUCUCCAGCCAAAGUUCCUGAGUCGGAGGUAGAAGAGGAAAAUCAAGUCCAAGAGAUGACCUUAGAUGAGUGGAAAAACCUUCAAGAGCAAACCAGACCAAAGCCUGAGUUCAAUAUCCGGAAGCCAGAGUCCACCGUUCCUUCCAAGGCAGUGGUGAUUCACAAGGCCAGAUACAGAGACGAUAUGGUGAAGGAUGACUGUGAGGAUGAGUCUCAUGUCUUCCGGAAAGCCGCCAAUGACAUCACAUCCCAGCUGGAGAUUAACUUUGGUAGCCUCCCUCGUCCUGGACGGGGAGCCAGAGGCAGUACCCGGGGAGGCCGAGGAAGGAUCAGAAGACCAGAGAACUAUUGCCCCCGAGCAGAAGUGGUGACCCAAGAUAUCGCUCCCAACCCGGAUGACCCUGAGGACUUCCCCGCCCUGGCCUAACAGCCCCUCCCCUGCAACAGAGCAGCACUAUGAAGAGACUUUCCUUGCCGCGAGAAGAGUCAGGCUCUAAGAACAAUAGAUGUUGCUUUUCCCGUGUCCUGUGGGCUGUUCUUUCUUGCUCUGGGAUGUGGGGUGCAGGUUCCCGAGAUCAUACAUUUACCCAGAUGAAUGGAGAUUUCUGUAAGGAAUAAUGUUUAAA